UAAUAAUAAAAAAAUUACAGGAAGAAAUACAUAUCAGAUUCUUGCAGUUGUUGAUCUCCAUCUCUUUUUAUCUCUCGUCUUCAACGAUUCAUGAUCUUUGCUUUCACUGUUCUUUCUACUUCUCCCUUAAAAUGAGCAUGACCCAGUUCGCCAUGGUGGAGGAGUUAGCUUUCCUUGUGAAGGACAAUCUUCCAUGUAAGCAUCUUGUACUUUCAAUGGAAGAAGCCUUGGUUAACUUCCUUCAGGAUGAUAAUAGCACAGAUGGGGUCCUUGAGUUGGAACCAAUGAACUCCUACAGUCGUCUGCUCUUGCAUAGAUUGGCAGAUAUAUUUGGAUUUGCCCAUGAAUCUGUUGGUGAAGGAGAUGAUCGACACUUGAUUUUAGAGCGAUCUCAUGAGACUUCAAUACCUUCCAUUCUUGUUAGUGAUAUCUUGUGGCAGUAUGGAGAGCCUCAGCCUGUUACAACAUCACACCAAUUGUUGAGGAGGAAAGAGGCUCCACCAGUGUUGAGCUCUCAAUCUCCCUCUGUUGAACAUACCUUCGAGGAGAGAGAAGCUGCAUAUUUGGCUGCCCGGGAACGAAUUUUUUCAACGGAUGUGGGAGCAGUAAGAGAACCUGUUAGGCAGAAGCCACGAAAUGUUCCUGACGCUGCUCGGCGAAUGAUUGCACAUGCAUUGGGCCAAAAAGUGAAAACACGUACUCAACCCGAUGUCACUAAAGACGAUAAAGAAUCUGCACAAUUAGCCAAUGAAGUUAACACCCAGAACAAUGAUAAAGCCAGACCCAAUUCAAGUUCAGAAACUUAUCAAGAAACCACUUCCUCACCAGGACGAAAUACCAACUUUCGUGGUAAACCAAAGGGCAAUCUCCAAAAAUGUAGAACACCAUCACAAAGUGAUAGAACUACAACUCAGGAACCAGCUGAAAUGCGUUGCACCAAUGGCAGAGAGUCUCAACAUGGAAGAAGUAAAACCAGUGUCAGCAAAGAGUACUCCAAGGCAGAACAUUUGGGAGCUGCAAAGAGAAUGUUUGCUCAAGCCCUGGGUUUACACUCAGCCAAAGAUGGUUUCCAUUUGAAAUGCAAUGAGACCAAGUAACUUGAAAUCAAUCAUUGUGCACACCAAUGAAAAUUUCAAAAGACUUUCACUGAUAUUUACUGGCUGAGGGGAAUGAAAAGGAAAGAAUUAAAGCUCCAAGUGUACUCUUUUGGUUGCUUGCAUCUUCCGUGAUAAGCUUGUGGGCAUUUUUGUAGCCAAAGCUUGUUAAAGCCAACCCCAAAAUGAGCCAGCUUCUCCCAGUGUCAUCAUAGUACUGGCGCAAUAACAUUAUCCAAAUAGCUAUAGAUGUUAGAGAAUGGUAACAUGUACCAAUCAUCCUUUAUGUAUCAUUGAAGUGUAUACAGUUCAUUGUUUUUCAGAACUAAUUUUAGAUUGAAUGUUAAAGUUAACAUGCAUCGUAGAUCAUGGAAAUGCUGUUAGCGUCUGUAAUGUUAUCUUUCAUUUUGUUCUUGGUGAGAGUAUGAUUCCCCUUGUUUAUUGUAUGUGUGAAAGAACUGUAAUGUACUUAUAAUUAUGUUUGUACUUCAAAUGUUAUAUUAUGUGGUCACAUGAUCUUAGGCAGAA